AACAAGACGGGAACUCAUCAGAAAAACCUGGGGUAAUGUGAGCAGUGUCCAAGGGCACCCCAUUCUCACACUGUUUGCUUUGGGAAUGCCUGUUACGGUAACCACUCAGAGAGAGAUAGACAAAGAAUCCCAUAAGAAUAAUGAAUGAUAUAAUCGAAGGAAUCUUCUUGGACAGUUUUGAGAACCAAACCCUGAAGAUCAUCACAAUGACCCAGUGGGCUGUGACAUUCUGCUCUAAUGCCCUAUUCAUUCUCAAAGUUGAUGAAGAGAUGUUUGUCAAUCUGCCAAGCUUGGUAGAUUAUCUUCUCAAUCUAAAGGAACACCUUGAAAAUAUCUAUGUAGGAAAAGUUGUCCAUCAGGAUACACCCAACAGAGACCCUGGUAGCCAAAACUUUGUUCCUCUUAGUGAGUAUUCACAAAAAUACUACCCAGAUUACUGCAGUGGUGAAGCUUUUGUGAUGUCCCAAGAUGUGGCUCAGAUGAUAUAUGUGAUUUUCAAAGAAGUACCCAUUACGGUGCCUGCUGAUGUGUUUGUAGGGAUUUGUGCUAAGAUCGUUGGACUUAUACCCAUCCACAGUUCAAGAUUUUCUGGAAAAAGACACAUCAGAUACAACAGAUGUUGCUAUAAGUUCAUUUUUACAUCCUCUGACACUAAAGAUGCUGAAAUAUCCCUGGCGUGGAUGGAAAUUAAUGAUGGGAAAGAAUGCUCACUGUUUGAGACUUACUAUGGGCUCAUUUCCUGCAAACUUCUGACAUACCUUGACAGCAUUAAGCAUUUUCACAUGGGGACCAUAAAAAAUAAUGAUAUGUAUCUCAAUGAUUAAGAUGUCUUUGCUUUUCUUGUAAGUCUGUCGGUUUUAAAAUGCUUUUUUCCUGUUAUAGAAAGCAGCCCUCUUUUCCCUUGUUUUAUGUAGUUUCUCUGAAUCUUUAAUCAUACCUAGCAAGGAUACAAGAUGUUUGUAGUGCUUUGAUGUAAUCUAUGUUGUUGAGAUCUCAUUUUAAGAAAUUUAAAUUGGUGUGGCAUGGUUUUUUCAAAAUAAAAUCUUUCAGA